AUGCCUCCGACCCGCGCCUCGAACCUCUCCCCCAAUCUACUCAACGGCAUCUUCGCCUCCCUCAGCCAACCCUCCCGCCGCUGGUCCCUCCUCCGCACCCUCCAAAGCGACAACCCGCGCGACAUCAACGGCGAGCUCCGCGGCACAGCAUCCUUCCACCCUCUGCGACAUGGCUCCGCCGCCUCUGACCGCCGCGAUGUAGUCUACCGCGAGGAGGGCGAAUUACCGAAUACAUUUGGGCCGGGACUACGCUGGACGAAAAAGUACAUCUGGCGGCAGGGGGAGAACGGGGGGAUAAGUGUUUGGUUUGUGAAGGUGAAGCCGACUUCCAAACAGCCUGAGGUCCAGGAAGAGGAGGACGAGGCGGAUUACCUGUUCCAUAACUUUGAUUUCGAGGGGCAGGACGGAGUGGAGACGGCGGACGCGAAGGAGUCGACAUUUGUCUCGCCGCCGGUGCCGCCGCUCGGGAAUCAUCUGUGCAUCAAUGAUAUGUAUCGGACUGCGUAUGCGUUCCGGGUACGCCCUGAGUCUGGGGAAGUUGUGAGCUGGUCAAGCCGACAUGUUGUCAAGGGGCCGAAGAAGAACCAAGAUAUUGUGAAUUUGUAUCGGAUGGAGGGCUGA